CGCUCGCGACGAUCACUCCUUCCUUGCCUUGUGUGUGCUUGCUGCUGCUGCUGCCAUUGAAUUGCAUUUUCUUCAGCGCUAAAUUCGCGUUCUCCACCCGCACGACGUUCGAGCGUGUGUUUUUUGUGAUAACCGUUUUUGAAGCCUUUAUUUUGCUGGAACCUAUUCUGUUAAUCCGUGAAACGGAACCGUGGGCUGUGAGGUUUCCCGUGGGGGGAUCGCGACGAAGAAGUGGGCGCAAUAUUGACGGUUUCAUGGAAGUUUUAUGUAAGCAGCCAUACUCCGUCGUCGUACGGGAAAUGAAAUUUUAAUCGAAGAGGAGUCUUGAGAGUGGCCAGAGUCAGUGUCUUGGGGGGCGUGUGUGCGUGUGAACCGCGAAAGGAAGCAAAGAAAAGCUGGGAAAAAAACGGUGCGCAACUGCGGCUGUAUUGGUGCAGGCCGUCGUCCACUGGAGAGGCAGGCAUCGACGUCCGAAAGUGCCCACGGAACAGAGGCCUCGGAAAGUUUCCACCCCAGAAGUUUGUGCUACGCGUGAAAACGGUUCUUCAGAGCCUAUCCCGUCCCGUGUGUUGUUGACUCGCCGCAAAGUGCCCCGCCGUGUUCCGAAUCGGCGUUGAAACCGCGACGACCUCGAAACCAUUUUGUUUCGAGUUCGAGUUUGUGCGAAGAGUAGCAGAAGGGUUGUUCGGGGAUUCGGAUUAGGAGCCAGCAGCGGAAUCAACAUAGACAUCGACGACGGCAGCAGCGAUUGCGGCAGCAGCCUCAGCAGCAGCGCCGAGAUGAUGAAAAUGGAGACCGAUAAAAUUAUGGACGAAUCGACGACCAACAACAGCAGCAGCCCACAGUUCACCACCUCGAUACUGUACGACCCGGCGCGGAAAAAAGAACCGUCACAGUCGUUCCAGACCGAGCGCGACGCCUGUCUCUCCUACUUCACCAAAUGGAACGAGUCGGACCAGGUGGACUUUGUCGAGCAGCUUCUGUCCCGCAUGUGCCAUUACCAGCACGGCCACAUCAACGCAUACCUGAAACCGAUGCUGCAGCGAGACUUCAUCACCCUGUUACCCACAAAAGGACUGGACCACGUGGCGGAAAACAUUCUCUCCUACCUGGACGCGAAAUCGCUGUGCCGAGCCGAGCGCGUCUGCAAAGAAUGGAGCCGCGUCAUAUCCGAGGGCAUGCUGUGGAAGAAGCUGAUCGAGCGGAACGUCCGCACCGACUCGCUGUGGCGGGGGCUGGCCGAGCGGAAAGGAUGGAUCAAAUACCUGUUCAUACCGCGACCGGGCGUGACGCAUCGACCGCACAAGUUCUACCGCGAGCUGUUCCCCAAGAUCAUGAAGGACAUCGAAGCGAUCGAGAACAACUGGCGCACGGGAAAUCACAACCUGCAGCGGAUAAACUGCCGGUCGGAGAACUCGAAGGGCGUUUACUGUUUGCAGUACGACGACGACAAGAUCGUGUCCGGCCUGCGGGACAACACCAUCAAAAUCUGGGACCGCAACUCGCUCCAGUGCUGCAAGAUCCUCACCGGUCACACCGGUUCGGUUCUUUGCCUGCAGUACGACGACAAGGUGAUCAUCAGCGGUUCCAGUGACUCGACGGUGCGCGUGUGGGAUGUCAACACCGGUGACAUGGUGAACACGCUCAUACAUCACUGCGAAGCUGUGCUGCAUUUACGCUUCAACAACGGCAUGAUGGUGACCUGCUCCAAGGACCGCUCGAUCGCCGUGUGGGACAUGACAUCGCCGACGGAGAUCGCGCUGCGGCGGGUACUGGUCGGUCACCGGGCGGCCGUCAACGUGGUGGACUUUGACGAGAAGUACAUCGUGUCGGCGUCCGGCGACCGCACGAUCAAGGUGUGGAACACCUCGACGUGCGAGUUUGUGCGAACCCUGAAUGGGCACAAGCGCGGCAUCGCGUGCCUCCAGUACCGGGACCGGCUGGUCGUGAGCGGCAGCUCGGACAAUUCUAUAAGACUUUGGGACAUCGAGUGCGGUACCUGUUUGCGAAUCCUCGAGGGCCACGAAGAGCUCGUCCGCUGCAUCCGGUUCGACUCGAAGCGCAUCGUGAGCGGAGCGUACGACGGCAAGAUCAAGGUGUGGGACCUGCAAGCUGCCUUAGACAUCCGGGCGCAGACGAACACGCUCUGCCUCAAGACACUGGUGGAGCACACGGGGCGCGUCUUCCGGCUGCAAUUCGACGAGUUCCAGAUCGUAAGCAGCUCCCACGACGACACCAUUCUGAUAUGGGAUUUCCUGAACUGCUCUCAGAAGGAAGAAUCGGCCACGCCCCAGGCGCUGGUCCAGGUGGGCCGGAGUCCAUCACGUGAGUAUUCCUCUUCCUCCGCCGCUGGUGGCCGUGCUCAGCCUCAGCAAGAGACUGACGAUGACGAUGCGUACUGAACAAAGAGAGAGAAACACAGAAAAAAAAUCUAUCUAAAACAAACCUUUAAAAACAAGAGAAAGAUGUGAAAUAAAGCAAACCUAUAUUCAUUAAUAAUCUGCAAACUGCAAAAUCAGCAAACCGAUUGUACGAAAGUCUUGAGCAGCAAAACUAUUGCUUUUAAUCUCGUUUUCCUUUCUCCUUUCUCUCCUCUCUCUCUCGCUCGCUCCUUCACGACGACGACGACGACGACGAUUCGCUCGCGCGCCGCAUCCGAAUGACGAAUAUGACGACGAAUUCCAUAGCCGAUCUCACGUAGAAAAACAAAACAUGGGACACACACACACAAACACAGUGCAGGAGGGGUCACGAGGAAAAGUUUUGAGUUGAGAUGAUGCAAAAAGGAGAAGAGUAAAACAUGAAACAAUAGAACCUAUAUUUGAGAUAUUAUUGAAAAAUAAAGAAAGAAAAAAAAACAAUAGAACAUCUAUAUAUUACAGAAGAGAACAACUGAAAUAAAUUGUGAAACACAGCAGGUUAGUAGAAAGAUACUUCUAGCAGCACAGAGAAAAGAAAAGAAAAGGGAAAUCGAAACUAUUACAUUUUAAAGGGUCUUUCGUCGUGGUUUACCGUUGGAUGGAUGUUUGCGUCGGAGGGUGUCUCUUUGUUUGAGGUCGCAAAUUGUUGUCGUCGUCCCGCUUUUUUCAAGAAGAAGGAGCACGAAGAGAGAGGGAAUUCCGUUUUGACCACUUCUCCUAUUCAAACAAAAAACACCGUUUUUCGCUACAAUAAACUUCUUGAAUUUAUUUAAAAAAAAAUUAGAGUGGCGCAAAAAAGCUCGUUAAGGCGCUUUUUUGGGAAUUAAUUUUCGUCCGUUUUUUUUCUGUUUCGUUUAGUCGCUUUUUAAACAUUAAACUCUAAUAUUAUACAAGUGUGCGGAAGUGGGCUUCAGCUAGCCGGAAAUAGUCUGCGCGCGCUCUAUUUUGUGUUGAUUAGGUGCGAUGUGAGUGAGUGAGUGUUGUGCGUUGUCGAGGAAGUUAGGUAAAUUUUAAAACACUGUUUAGUAAUAGCUACAUGAAUGAAGACAAGGACUUGUGUGUGAAACUGUGAGACGUGUUGCGAGUGUUUGUGAUAUCGGAGUAUUGGCAAAUAAUGGAAAACCGCUGUUGUUUAUUAGUAAUACCAAUAAUUUAUGAUGCUCUUAAUGGGGCAGUAAUUAAAAUUUAAUUCGACACAUUAGGAGUAACGAAAUAAAAAACCAAGGCAAAUCUGUAAAAUGGUGUAGAAUUCUCCCCCACACUUUCAACAAGUACAUCUUCAAACAAUAAGCCGUAAAAUUAGAAACAGAAUGCAAGCAGGAACAAAAAAAACAGUUGUUAUCUAUUAAUCGUUUCACGUUUCGGUAUACAGACAAAAAUAAAACCAGGAAGCCAAUAUGCAAAAAAAAGGUUCAUGUAAAAAGGAAAGAAACAACUAUUCACAUAAAAAAAAAACUAGCUAACGUUAUAUUUGAAAUCAAGAAAACCAACAAAUGUAGACAAAACAUAAGCAUUACUCCUUACUCUAAACGAGAAUAGCGCAGGAAAUCGCGAAAGAUCUGACUCUGGAUUCCGGGGGUGGGUGGGUGUGCGUUGUAGCAAAAGUUUCGCACACCCACGGCAGGGAAAUGGAUUGAUGCUUGUUAACAGAGAGAGAAAAAAAAAAUACAAAUGCCAGAUGAAGGAGAAAUAUAUUCAACUGAUGAUAAUGUAAAGUAUAGUAAAA